AAACAUACCUAAUAAUAAAAAAGUCGAUAGUUUACAAAAACGAAUAGAUCGCAUAAACAACGCAAUUUUAGAGAAAGAUUUGAAUGCACUUCGACGCCUAGCCAUAACUGGACCUGGUCUUGUGAACAAUGGCUUACGUCGACUAUGCUGGUUGAAUCACAACAUCGAUGUUAGUCAAG